UCCCAAUCGGCCAUGUUUAAUUUGAGUCAUUCAUGAAAAGUUGUGUAAACAAAACAGUAAUGCCUUGAUCGUGGAGGCGACAUAGCACAUGAUGCAUUAGGUAUUAAAUUGCAUUGUGAUCUUCCGUGCGGAGGCACCGGCUAGUUUGAGCAGACUGACCAUUUGUGCCUGGAUUCAUCAACAACCGUGUUAAUAAAAGAAUAGCGCGUGAAAAGCGCGUGAGGCAUCGGCAGGUGCAACAUCGCUACAUUAACCCCAGAUAACAGAAAACAAGUAUUUCUCGAAGGGAAGGGCUUUUAAAAUGUAUCUUACAUGUGUAUUGUACAUUUAUGUUAUCAAAAAGUUAAAGUUUUGUGUUAUCAAAAACUACAAGAAGAAAGAAACUCAAUUAUAAUACAACACAGCUUAAAAUGCUAAAAAAAAAAAAAAAGUGUUGUACUUUUACAGGAAAUCAUGAGGAAAAAGCAGAAUGUGAAAAACAGGAAGGCGGAAGAGACGACAGUUGUCCAGGAGUUUGCAGUGGACAAAAUCAUCUGCAGAAGAGUCCAUGAGGGAAAAGUUGAGUACUAUCUGAAGUGGAAAGGCUUCACAGAUGCCGAGAAUACCUGGGAGCCAGAGGACAACAUGGACUGUCCUGAACUGAUAGAGGAGUUUCUCAGAAAUCUAGCAGUGUCAGGAGAGACCGAGCAAGAGGGCUGUCCAUCUCUAGACCAUGACGUCCAGCCCAAGCAAGAGUUAACUGAGCUUGAUGCUGAUACGGCUCAUCAGCAGUCUCAGGAGGAACUAAUUGAAAGGAGUAAUGAGGAGGGUGGUGAUCACAGUUUGGAGAUCCCUGCAGGCCAAUCCAGCCACCCAGAACCAGACUGCAUCAUUGGAUCCACAGACCGACAGGGAGAGCUCAUGUUCCUCAUCAAGUGGAAAAACACUGAUGAGGUGGCUUUACUGUCAGCAAGGGAGGCCAGUCAAAGGUGGCCCCAGAUGGUAAUCAACUUUUACGAGGACAAGCUGACCUGGCACGGAGAAGAGGAGCAGUGAAAGAGAGAGAGAAAUAUGUAGCAGUGGAUAAUACUGUACCUCUGGGCAGCUUUCAAAACACAAACACUGUGGAAAAAGUUUACUCUUUGAUUUAUCAUGUAUUCAAAGUGUGUGAAUCCACACUCCAAUGUGAAGCUCUUCCUAGCACACUAAACCUUUAGAAAUGUGACUUAAGUAUUAGAGUUCUACUGUAGGGUACUAUUGGUACAGAUAUGUGUAAUGAAAAUGUCAUUACGCAUAAGUGGCUUCUUAGUUGUUGCAGUCCUUGGUCUGUUGUUUUGAACAUUUGGUUUGUUGCUUGAUGUUCACUGUUCUGUCCUCUUUGUUACUAUAAUGUAAACUGUGACAUAGGAGAUGACAUCAAGUGGUGCAGUACUUGCUCAAGGGGAAUUGUUUUGAUGUGUAUAUGUACUAUCCGUACUAUUAACUCCCUGGUUUUGCACCUAUUGAAGUUAUACUGUGAUGGAUCGUGUAAUCUGUGAUGUCACAAUGUAGCUCAUGCAGGUAUAAAUCAGUAGAUUUGCACAAAACAGAUUCUAGAAUGUAGCCCAUACAAUCACAUUUUGUGUACAUUGUGACUCAUUCUUUGCUUUCGGUUUCUGUCUGUUCAUAGUAGUGUGAAUAGGCCUUUGAGGUUUUGUUUCGAAGACAUCUGUUUUGCAGUUUCACUGUUCAGGUUUCCAGUUCACUGUUAAGAUAAUUGUUAUGUAAUCUCGAGUGA